AUGCAUGCAUGCAUGUGGGCGAAACAUUGGCAUGCAUUUGGCCGCGCACCUACAGACUCCCUGAUUGUGGUGGCGGGUUGGAACCACACAUGCGUGGCGCUGUACGGCAAAGUCAAGUGUUUCGGCAUGAACAACAACGGCCAGCUGGGUCUCGGUGACAACAUCAACUGGGGCACGGAUCCCGCUCAGAUGGGCGCCGCCCUGCCCUUCGUGGACCUGGGUCCGGGACUGGCGGCGGUGGCGCUGGCGGCGGGGGAUGCACACACAUGCGCCGUGCUGCAGCCGGGAGGAAGAGUCAAGUGCUGGGGGAGCAACACCGCCGGACAGCUGGGUUUGGGUGACAACCGCACGCGAGGCCUGCAGCCCACUGACAUGGGUGCCGCACUUCCCUUUGUGGACCUGGGCCCGGGGCUGUACGCCACCGCCAUCGUGGCCGGCUCGCGUCACACGUGCGUGCUGCUGCAACCGGGAGGCCGAGUCAAGUGCUGGGGGUCUAAUCGUAACGGUCGCCUGGGUCUUGGCGACACGCAGCCCCGAGGCCUGCAGCCCACUGACAUGGGCGCCGCACUGCCCUUCGUAGACCUGGGCCCGGGGCUGAAUGCCACGGCCUUGGCGGCCGGGUCGGCCCACACUUGCGCCCUGCUGCAGCCGGGUUCGCUGAUAAAGUGCUGGGGCUACAACCGGCACGGUCAGCUGGGCUUGGGUGACCGUAUCCCUCGGGGCAUGGUGGCCGGCCAGAUGGGCGCACGGCUGCGGCCCGUGGACUUCGGGCCUGUGGUCCGGACUCCGGUAGCUAUCACCGCAGGCGCCGGGCACACGUGUGCGGUCCUGCAGCCCGGAGGCGGCGUUCGUUGCUGGGGUCGCAAUAGCGCGGGUCAGCUCAGCCUGGGUGAUACUGAGGACCGUGGCGACCAGCCCGGGGAGACGUCCGCCUAUUUCCAGGACGCCCGACUGGGGCUGAACGAGUCGGCUGCGGCUGCGGCGGCGGGUGCCUUCUUCACUUGUGCACUAUUGGUGCCCGGAAGCUACGUAAAGUGCUGGGGCACAUGCUCCCCAUUAUUCCGUCCCAUCUCAACAAACGUCCCAUUCUCCAUACCACCGUUGUGCUACAUCCGUGGAAGGAGCAAUGCCCAUGGCGCUCUGGGCCAGGGCAGGGGGGGCGGCUGGGGCUGGUCAUCUUUCGGUGAUGACAAUUAUGAGCCGGGCAACCAGAUACGCCCGGUGGAUCUGGGGUACGGUCUGAGAGUGGAGAGCAUUGCGGCUGGUGGCCUGCACGUGUGUGCUAUUUUGAAGCGGAGCCGCUCAUCGUCGCAAAGGCUGAUCAAGUGCUGGGGGUGA